AUGAAUGGCAAUCAGCUCAGAACGAUAGCGAGCCUGGCGAAUUUUAUCAGUGAAAACCCUAAUGCUAAGUUGAUUUUUUUGGUUGGGGCGGGCAUCUCAACAGCUUGUGGAAUUCCCGACUUCCGGUCUCCAGGUACCGGGUUAUAUGACAACUUGGCGAAACUGAACCUGCCUUUUGCGGAAGCCGUUUUUGACAUCGAUUUUUUCAAGCAGGACCCACAGCCGUUCUACACCUUGGCGAAGGAGUUAUAUCCAGGAAACUACGAGCCCUCCAAAUUCCAUCACCUUAUGCGUCUGUUUCAAGACAAAGGUCGCUUGCAUAGAGUCUACACACAGAACAUCGAUACUCUGGAGAGAAGUGCGGGCAUUCAUGCUGAAAAUUUGGUGGAAGCUCAUGGAUCCUUUGCCCACAAUCAUUGCAUCGACUGUGGUAUAGAAUAUCCACAUGAGCACUUCAAAAAAGCGAUAUUACACGGCAGCGGUAAACUUGCUCGAUGUACAAAGUGCAAUGGCCUUAUUAAACCUAAAAUCGUAUUUUUUGGCGAGAAUCUGCCGUCGCACUUUUUUUCGACGUGGGACGAUGAUCUUGAGAUUAUGAAUAAGGACUACAUUGUGAUUGUUGCAGGUACAUCCUUGGCUGUUUACCCGUUUGCCUCGCUACCCACCGAAAUACCGACUUCCGUAAAACGAGCCUUGGUAAAUUUGCAGAAGGUUGGUGAUUUCAAGGCCAAUCCGAGAAAGUCAGAUAUCGUUUUUAGUGGACCAACGGAGCUAGCUGCUGAAGAAUUAGCGAAGCAACUGGGAUGGCAGGAGGAAUUCCAAGAGCUGGUUGAAGCAACUUUGAGGAAAGAGACGAGGGAAGAAGACCAAGCUGUUUCCGAGUCAUCGCACGAUGUGGAGCAACAAUUGAGCAAUGUCGUAGAAGGCCUAGAGAAAAUAAGUCUUGAGGGUACAGGAGGUCGGUCUCAAGAAGCAGAGGAGUCAAAAGUUGGGGCGCAGAGGGAAUCGGAAGCACUAGAGGGGGAGCGCAAGGAAAGUUAUACACAAGGAAGAGAAAAGGAGAAAGCGAUCGGAGUUGAUAACACUACGGUGCAGGAGAAGGAAGCAGUUACGAUUAUACAUGCAAAAAAAUAG